AUGGGGGAAAGGCCGCCAAAGGACCAGCAACGAGGAGACGCCGCAAGUUUUAGCUUGCCCAUCCACCCGCCCCCGACCAGCCGCCGCAACAAGGAAAGCCGAAACUACUUUACCAACUACUCUCCCGCCGGGACAGUUGGCGUUGGCGCCGAGGCCAUCAAUGGCCCCGUGAGGGAGCUUGCGCGGGGUCCGGCGCCCGCCGCCGACAGGUUGAUUGUGGGGGUGGACUUUGGCACGACGUUUUCAGGAGUGGCGGCGGUUUAUACGUCAACGCCGGACGACAUCGAGAUCAUCAAGUCGUGGCCCGGCGGCAACGGCAUCACCUCAGACAAAGUUCCCACCGAGAUCGCCUACGACACCCCGGCCAAGGCUGAUCUCUUCUUGGACCGGUCCCAGAAGCUUCCGUUCUACGUGAGCCCCCUCGAGACGGCAGCCCAGUUGAAACGCUUCGACAAGAACGUCGUCGAUGCGGUGAGCGACUACCUCACUGAGGUGUACAAGCAUACCAUGGACACCCUCACCCGCCGUUACGGCGAGUCCUUCAUGGCUAGCACCAAGGUGGACUUUGUCCUCACCUGCCCUGCCGUAUGGUCCGACGCCGCCAAGAACACGACGCUCCAGGCUGCCGAGAGGGCCGGCAUGGGCUCCAAGUCGGAGAUUCAGAUGAUUAGCGAGCCCGAGGCGGCAGCGGUGUAUACUCUCAAAGCUAUACAACCGAACCACCUAAACGUGGGGGACAAUUUUAUCGUUUGCGAUGCUGGAGGUGGCACCGUUGAGUACGUUUCUUGCCUGAAGAGGCUCCUCCUCCAUCUAACCCCAAAUAUCAACCCCCCCUUCCCUCUCCUCGUCGUCGACUUAGAAUAUGACAUCUUUUUGCUAAUUCUGUGCCUUGUCCUCUUUUCUACGUAUAGUCUUAUUGCCUACAAGAUAAUAUCGCUCAAGCCGUUAAGAGUGGAGGAGUCCGCUGUUGGCACGGGCGGCCUUUGCGGGAGCGCUUUCCUCAACUAUAGAUUCGAGGAACAUGUGCGCCACCGCAUAGGCCAGGUCAAGUUUGACGAGAUGAAGGCCAAGAAGGGCAAAACGUGGCAGAUGGGUCUACGAUAUUUCGAGGAGUUUGUCAAGCGAAAUUUCAACGAGAACGAGCACCAGGAAGUCAACGUUCCAUUCCCUGGACUUCCUGACGACGAAGAAGCCGGUUUAGACUCGGGCUUCCUCGUUAUGACAGCAGACCAGAUCAAGGACAUCUUUGAGCCCGUAGUCAAGGAGGUUUGCGAUCUUGUCGAGGGCCAAGUCAAGACACUACGUGCCAAGGGCGGCGUGGUGUCGGGCAUCGUCCUUGUCGGAGGUUUCGGGCAGAGCAAUUACCUCGAGAAGCCGACGCUGGCUGGGGCGUCCUCGUCUGAUCCUUUGGGGUCGAUCGAGGUGAUGCAGCCCGUCUACGCGUGGACCGCGGUGGUGAGGGGUGCGGUGCUUCGGGGCCUCGAGGGAAACAUGGUGAUCAGCCGAAAGGCGAGGAUGCACUACGGUACCUCGUUUGCCACCGUCUUUGACGAGGAGAAGCACUCUAUGAGCGAGAGGUACUGGUCUCCGUUGUGGGAGAGGUGGAUGGUGUCUGAUCAGAUGCAGUGGCACAUCGCAAAGGGAGAAGCUUUGUCGCCACUCCAGCCCAUCGCCUUUCACUACACCCGCAACUUUCGUCCGGGGCAGCUCCUAGUUGUGACAGACGACCUCAUCGCGUGCGAGGCCGACGAGCCACCUUCAUCCUUCACCAAGGAACUCGUACACGUUUGUACCCUCACGACGGAUCUGAAUGCUGUGCCGCGGAGCCUCUUUACGCGGCUCACGACAACGAGAGGCGUCGAGUUUGACAAUCUCGACUUCACACUCGAGAUGACGGUGGACAGCGCGGGAUUAAGCUUCGAGCUCAAGGUGGAUGGGGUGAGGUAUGGGCGUGUCGAGGCUGAGUUUCACAGCGCGUAG